AGCUUAAAUAUUUUAAUAUUAUAUAAAUUAAAAGUAGUAUUUAGAGUGCAUUUUCAUGCACUAAUCACUUUACUUUUUCAAAAACGCUUAAUUAAACCAUUUUUCGUGCUGAUAUUUUCUCAGGGCAGACUUCCAAAUGGUCAAGAAAUUGCUGUGAAGCGGUUAUCGGGACAUUCUAAUCAAGGAGAAGAGCAAUUCAUGAAUGAGAUAUUGUUAGUGGCUAAGCUUCAACACAGAAACCUUGUUAGUCUUUUGGGUUUUUGCUCGGAAGCAAGUGAAAGACUCCUAAUAUAUGAGUUUCUAGGCAAUGGCAGCUUGGACCAUUUUAUAUUCGAUCCGAUCAAGCAUAUCGAACUAAAUUGGGAAUUGCGUUACAAAAUCAUAUGCGGGAUUGCUCGAGGAAUGCUUUAUCUUCAUGAAGAUUCUAAGCAUAGAGUUAUCCAUCGCGAUCUUAAAGCAAGCAACGUGUUGUUAGACGAAAACAUGAGUCCAAAGAUUUCAGAUUUUGGCAUGGCAAGGAUGUUCGUUAUGGAUCAAAGUGAAGCCAAUACUUGCAGACACAUGGGAACUUAUGGCUAUAUGGCUCCGGAAUAUGCAUUACAUGGACGCUUCUCAGUGAAGUCUGAUGUCUUCAGUUUUGGUGUCUUGAUUCUAGAGUUAGUGAGUGGUAAGAAGAACAGCUGGUGGGAUAGUUCAGAAGAUCUGGUGCACCUUCCGAGCUAUACGUGGAAAAAUUGGAGAGAAGGUACUGCUUUGAACCUGAUAGACUCAACACUCGACCGGGAAG